UUGAAGCCGGCGAUACAUGAAGCGUAAACUCAAGCGUAAAUAUAAAAUUAAUUUACACUUGAACAUGUUUACAUGACCGGGUUGAGACGCGUAAUCCGAAUUACACUGAACUUUAAUCGACUUUUGUGAGAAAAAUAGAAUCUUUUUUCCAAAGAAAAAGAUUAAAAACGCUAGUAAUGAACACUCACUAUUAAUGCAAACCACGAACAGGAAAUGUAGUGGGGCAAAUCGCUUGCAAACAGCGUUUACGCUAGGAUUUAUGCUCCGUGGACCUAUAAUCUCUUUUACAUCGUGUAAACGGCAAAUGUAAACUUUUUGGCAUUACAUUCUGAGUUUAUACGAAGCCGGCGAUACAUGAAGCGUAAACUCAAGCGUAAAUAUAAAAUUAAUUUACACUUGAACAUGUUUACAUGACCGGGUUGAGACGCGUAAUCCGAAUUACACUGAACUUUUAUCGACUUUUGUGAGAAAAAUAUAAUACUUUUUCCGAAUAAAAAGAUUAAAAACGCUAGUAAUGAACACUCACUAUUAAUGCAAACCACAAACAGGAAAUGUAGUGGGGCAAAUCGCUUGCAAACAGCGUUUACGCUAGGAUUUAUGCUCCGUGGACCUAUAAUCUAUUUACACCGUGUAAACGGCAAAUGUAAACUUUUUGGCAUUACAUUCUGAGUUUAUACGAGAGUUUACGCUUCAUGUAUCGCCGGCUCGAGAGUUUACGCUUCAUGUAUCGCCGGCUUGAGAGAGAGUUUUCAUGAUUUUUCCAGAUUCGUUGGAAAAUCGUCGUAGCAACCAUGUCGCAGGAAGAUUGUAUCGAUAGCGCGGAUUUCAAUCCGGACGACGUGCUGAAGAUUCUGGUGGCCAGUGAUAUUCAUCUGGGGUACGAAGAGAAGAAUCAACUGCGAGGACAAGACAGCUUCCUGGCGUUUGAGGAGGUUUUGCAGCACGCGGUGGAGAACGAUGUGGAUGCGGUUCUGCUCGGAGGCGAUCUGUUUCACGUUGCCAAUCCUUCGACAAACACACUGAACCGAUGCCUGCGGCUGCUAAAGACGUACACGCUCGGGGACAAACCAAUCCAGUUGCAGGUCCUGCGGGAUGAGAAUGCAUCGCUGGCCGAUACGCUGAGCAGUACGAUGAAUUACGAGGACCCUAACGUCAACAUAGCCAUUCCGGUGUUCUCCAUCCAUGGCAAUCAUGAUGAUAUGACGGGAUUCGGGCAUAUUAGCGCGAUGGAACUGUUGAGCACCAACGGGUACGUGAAUUACUUUGGCAAGUGGAACAACCUGAACCAGGUGAUCAUCAAACCGCUUCUGCUGCAGAAGGGAGAGACGAAACUGGCGCUCUUUGGGCUCAGUCACAUUGCCGAUGGUCGCCUGUGCCGACUGUUCGAGGAGGGGAAGGUGUUCAUGCAGAAACCGGACGAUCCGGGGUGGUUCAAUAUGUUGGUGCUCCAUCAGAACCGUGCCGAUCGAGGCUAUAAGAAGUACUUGCCAGAGAAUGCGCUGCCAAAGUUCCUAAAUCUGAUCAUCUGGGGCCACGAGCACGAUUGCCGUAUACAGCCAGAGCAGAACGCACAGAAGGGGUUCUUUGUUAGCCAGCCGGGAUCGACGGUGGCCACUUCGCUGUCGGAGGGUGAAUCCAUCCAGAAGUGCUGCGCGCUUCUCAGUAUUCACAAGGAGAUUUUCCGGAUGGAUCCGAUUCCCCUGCAGACCGUGCGGCCGUUCGAGUUCGAAACGGUCGAUCUGUCCACAGUGAUCGAUGAAGUGGAACUGGCGGGCGUUGAUGCGCCCCAGAAGGUGAUGCAGUUUGCGACCGAUCGAGUGGAGGCAAUGAUCGAGCGUUCGAAAGCAAAACAUACCGAUAACGAACGACAACCGAAGCGUCCACUGAUACGGCUCCGGCUGAUAACAACGGAUGUAGCACAACAGUUCAAUACGAUCCGAUUCGGGCAAGGGUACAUGGAACGAGUGGCCAAUCCGCUCGAUAUGAUUCUGUUCCAGAAGAAGCUGGUUCGAGCGAAGAACGAUCACGUGAAGCUGGACAGCAAGGCGUUCGAUGAAGCUUACAAACGAAAGCAAAACAUCAGCCGGCCGGAAGAUGUGGUCGAUCUGUAUUUUGCCGAGGCACCCGCAGCCAACCAGAUGGAGGUUUUGUGUCCCCGUAGUAUGAGGGAAUUCUGUCGUCGAGUGGUUGACCACCACGAUGAUGAUGCGGCCGAAAGAAUCCUGGAGUUCUAUGAGAACAAAGUAAUAGAAUACCUCACUACCAGCAAUUCACUGACAGAGGAUAACGUGGAUGAAGUGCUAACGGGAUUCCAUGAUAAUGAGGACACUCUGUAUCACGAAAUGUUGGCAAUGCUGGACUCACGAGCACAGAAGUCAUCCGAUCCAAUGGACCGUCUCCAUCCCACCGAUCCGAAGGAGGGCGACGACGACGAAGAUGGCAGCGUUAGUGGUAAGAAAAAGACCACCACAACGGCCCGGGGAGCCAAAGCAGGCCGUGGCACCAGAGCACGGGGAGCACGGGGAGCCACCGCAGCCAACACCACGCGCGGUAGUUCGCGCGCUGCAUCGAAGGUGGCCGUGGCGGUGCCCAGUACCUCAAGGUCGCAAUCUUCUAUUGCCUCCAUGUUUAGCCAACAAUCCGCCAACAACAGCAGCUCCAUGACGACCGUCGCUAGCCGAUCUUCGACAAGAAACGUUCCUUCAGCUCGAGGCGCACGCGUCCAGUACGACUCGGAUGAUUCCGAUUAAUGAUCGGUUUGUUUUGUUUUUUUUUUUCAUUCCAAAAAGGUCAAUAAAAAGAAAAUACAAUAUUUCAA